AUGAAAACGGUUCCAACGCUUUGUGCUACUGCCACUGUCGUUGGUGCAUCUGCGGUCGGUCUGUCUUUUGGACGCGGACCUCCCCUCGACUCCUCCAACCCAAACAAGAGGCAAGCCACUCCAGCACAAGAGCUGGGACACAGCUCGAUGCCCGCCACCGCCCAAUCUUCGUCUGCGACAACGACUACGGUCGCCCCCUUCAGAGCCCCUAUACCCGUCGCCCCUACUUCGCGCAUCCCAAUUGCGACUCGCCCUCACGAUGGCCGGCCACAUAGACGUCCAAUGACGAGAAGGAUGACCAGCGGCGAUGCGGCUGUGCGGCCUCCAAACGCUGUGGUCAAUGGCUUUGCUACCGGUGAGCACGGCGCAAACGAAUCGUCAGACCCUGGCACCCACGUGUCGAGGAGAGCCUCAUGGAUGAAGCGCCUAUCGACCAUCUCAGUCUCGCAACACUCGAGUAGCAACCAAAGCCCUGCGCCAUUGUCUCCCUCCGUGUCUUGCUCUAAUGGCUCCGUGGCCUUCUCCCACAACGGCUCCACUGUGCCCAUGAUGGGCAGGCAAAGUCCACCCCAACUACCGCCGAACAAGCUCGUAAAACGGUCCUCAUCAGUGCGUGCUCCUCGUGACAUACACUCUGCCCAUGGUCCUGGAUCCCUCCGUCCCUCGUUUCGCCGCCCUGCCACCAGCCAUCAACGGUCGGCAACCUUGCAGAACUACCACUCUCUGCUGCCGGUAACGACAGAAUCGCCGUCGUUGGCCGUCAAGCCCUCCUCGGCGAGCACGGACAGCGAAGCUGAGUAUACACACUUCUUCACCGCAAAAUCAUUGCGAGGAGGGACGCUGUCGAAACGGUUUACUACAAAUUCAACCAAAUACAAGCGGAUUUUCCCAGACGAGAAGUACCGGCCUACGUUAGUGCUUACAAGGGCAGUCGCUGAAGGUGUUGAGGAACUGGAUGAUUCGGCGAGCGAAGCAGGUGAAAGUGUGUUUUACGUGAGCAGGAGCAGGCCAAGCACCCCACUGAGCUUUACGGUCGCAGGCCCCAAACCCGGGGCUCCACGCUUCACGGAAAACUCACACACACGGCCUUCCACUGAACCUUCAUACACCUUUGGUCCCGAGGAUGCCUCACGGCGCAGGCGCUCUUUCUCAAUUGCUGACCUCCUCCCUUCUGGAUCUGGAUCUGGAUCCAGCGCCAAGAAACAGCGUCUCGCCAAACACCCUGAGACGAAAUUGACCCAUGGGUCAAACCGGCGCGUUAGCUCUGAUCCUGUGCUACCAACGAUAGGCAAGCGCUCAAACACCUCGCACGGUGAGUUGCAAGGACCACGAAAUUUGACCGACCCAGCGCCUGCGAAACGUGACAUUUCUGCAUCCACCAGAAUGGCCAAUUCCAACAUCACUUGCGAUGCAGCGCCUGGAGGCUCUUCAACAUCGCCAUUGUUCGCGCUACCGCCCCAUCGCGCAAUGACAGUCGCCAAGAACAGGUUGGCGUCAAUGCCUCAGCUAGAGGCUAUUGCCUCAGCCGCGCCAGCCACCAAUCAGGCCCCACCAUCGCCCUCGGCCUUAGCGCAAGCGGGCGUUCGCCCGUCGCGUCAUUCCACGGCUCCCUCAGAACAAGCAUCGACCUUGGUUGGCUCGUCUGAUAAUGAAGUUCGCGCCGUAGGCUCCGUCGAUGAGGACGACGCCGAUGUUCGAAGCGAGACUCUUUAUGAUUCGCUGCACACCGGCGCAACCAGAAGCGUGUCUGGUGGUGGUCGAGGGCCGCGCAUAGAGACGAUAUUCGACGAGUCUCCCCCUGCCAAGCACAGAGUGACAGCGUUGCGAGACCUGCUUCCAUCUGGUGCCUUUGGAGAACUCCCGACUAGCGACCAGAGCAUCGCCGAGGACGAUGAUAGCAUCACGACACCGGUGCGCACAGUACGAGCAGAGCCGUACCUUCAGGAAGCAGUCAGCUUCCCUAGACCGAUGAGCACCACCGUGUUCCCUAGCCUGAUACCAUCAUCACCUCCGAGCAUGCCCAAACCGCUUUCUCUUGGAACGCUGGAAUGGGACUCUACGGUGGGCGACGAUGACAGGAGCAGUAGGUGGUUACUUGAUGAACAGGAAGGUGAGGACCCUUGGGUUGACCUGCCACCAGUCAGCCAUCUCGCGACGCCAAUCACCCUGCGGCGUUCGAACCCGCGCUUCCUCGCUUCUGGUCCAAACUCGAAGCCAACAACUCCACAGCAUGUUGCACUCGACCAUGUCGACCGCGACGCUCGCAGCAGCAUUUUCGAUUGGUCUGAACAACAGCCUGCUGACAAGAGCUCGGGCAACCGAACGCCGCCUCGUCCCAGAACAGUGCACGGCAAGAAAGAUGCACAUCGAAGAGACAGCCGAUCGGUUGGCAGGCGUGCUCCAAGCGGGUUGCAUGCACGCAGUCAGAGUGUUCCUGUGGUUCCAGAUGUCAUUGGCAAGCGUAACACGGUGGUCACAAACAAAUUUGGCACUUGGGGCAUAGGCAGCAAAGGUGUCACUGAAGAUUGGAAUGACGAUUUCGAUUUCUCCGAGCUUCCCGAGGAGCCCACUCCCAAGAGCGUAGCCGGAUCACAACGUAUCGACAGCGGUUCAGCCAUGGUGGUACCCAAGAGCAUCCAAGAGCAGCAGAACAAUGUACUUGCAAACAUCAGUCUCCUGCGCGAAUGGGGACUCCUUAUCGAAGAACUCAAAGAGCACAGGAUUCGAGCUGUCUCCCUUGACAUAGUCCAAGGGCCGCACUCCGGAAUGUGGGAGGAAGUCGACGCUAUGAUCGACCUUGCUGAUCAGGAGGCGGAGCAUGAAGAGAUCCCUCGCGCCUCUCCCCCUUCAUCGCUUGGAUUUGACGAAGAUGCUUUUGACGACGUGUCUGCCAGCCCUAAUGUUGGUCGAGGAAGGCGCAAGUCGGGGUCGCCGAACGUCGAUCUUAGCAAGAACCACCAAACUGUGCGCCCCCGGAAAUCCAUCUUACCGCCAAAUGACCGAAUCUUCAGCCCCCAAUCGUCCCCGGUACCACCGAAGCCUCCGUACGAAGCGCCUGCAACACCAGAAUCCAGGCCUUUCACCACGCGACCACGCAAAGAUUCAGAAGCCAAAGCAAGAUCAGUAAUCGAAGCACUGCAGACCAGGAGAAGUGUGUUCAUACCUGCUGCGGAUGCACCACCUACGCCUUCUUCUAAGAAAGUCCCUUUUGAUACUGCAACACUACGGCGUAUCGUCCCCUACGUCAGCACAUUAACGCGCAAAGUCAAAGAUACGAUCAGAGACGCAGAAGGACUUUAUUACAGUCCGAUCACUAGCCCACAGCACGAGGAGCCUCCGUUCGCAAUGAGCCCUUUUCAGCAAGAUGCGGAGCUUGCAUCGCACAUGAAACUAAUGACAGUCAUGUAA